AUGGCUAUCACCAAACUUCAUACCAAGGAGCUCAGCCCCGGCUUCGGGAUCGAAGCACACAACUUUCCAUUUCAACCUGACACCCUCGAUCAAAGCGCUCGCCUGAUUGAAGAUCUUGUCAACAAGUAUGGCUUCCUCGUCAUCCGCAAAAGCGGCCUUACAGACGAAACCCACAUCGCCCUAGCCCGACAUCUCGGCGAGCUAGACGACGUCAAACCCUACAACAAAGCAGGUCGUAUCAACCGCCUCCAGUACGAUGAGCUCUUCGACGUAGGAAACAUCGAGGCAGACGGUUCCAUCGUCGAUCCUAGAUCCCCGCGUGCCCAGGCUGGUUUCAAUCCUCGACGGGCAGGAUAUUCUCUGCUUCUGGCACAUGACUUGCCUCCCAAGGGCACAGGUGGAAGCACGGAGUUUUGCGAUACCAGGGCUGCGUGGGAUGGGCUUGGUGAGGAUAUGAAGGCGGAGUUGACGGAGAAAGACUACGUUGCUUGUCAUUCUAUCCUGCAUUCCAAGAAGCUCGCCGCCCCGGAGCACUUUGCGAACAUUGAGCCCGCAGACCACCCAAUGGGACGACACAAGCUCAUACAAAAACAUGAAUCGUCUGGCCGGAUGAACCUUUAUCUCGCGAUGCACAUCCACCACAUCGAGAACCUCACCCCGGAGGCCUCAAAGACCCUGUUCGAGAAGCUCUUUGACCACGCUACGCAGGAAAAGUACCGCGUCGUGGUGGAGUGGGAGGAUGUCGGGGAUAUGGUUGUCUGGGAUAAUACCUGCACAAUGCACCGCGCCAUGGGCGGGGAGUUUGCGUACAGGUAUAGGAGGGAUAUGAGGAGGGCUACUGUUCAUGAUAGGAGUUCGCAGGCAUGGGGGUUGAAUGAGAGGACGGAUGUGAGGCAGGGAUUGCCGUGA